AUUAUCACUGGAUUUAAUCUCCAUAAGAAUCAUCAGAGACGGGACCAACUUGGGUUGAUGAUGGACAAAGAAACACAAAUUUACUCAACUUUACUGAGUAUUUUAGUACUACAUGGCGCCUCUCUUAUCUAUGCAGAUCCCGCCAGCUUAUGGGGGAGGAAGGUGGAUUUCAUGAGAUAUGGCUGCACCCACUGGGAACUGGCCCACUCCAUCCCAAGCCUAAAGGGACUCAGUGUCUGUGUGGAAAUCCAGAGAUCCAUUUUAACUCCACAUUGGACUGUGUUCAUGUACAGCCAUCCUGGAUUAGGCCAUGUGGAUAUCGGCCUUAAAGGGAGAGAUAACAGCCUUACAGGGGAAAAUUACCUUCUCCUCUGGCUUUUUGGCAGAGUGUGGAGCACAACGUUUAAAAUACGCCUCAACACCUGGUACUCUGUCUGCAUCACCUGGUCUGAGGUUGCACUGUCACCGCGUCUCUACAUCAACGGAAAUUCUGUCGAUAUCUCCUACAGUGGAGAACAGUCAGGGACUCAUACCGGCAACUACAUCGUUGCAGAUGGCCACUUGACCCUGGGCGCGUCGCAUUUUCUCAAUAACGGCAAGAUGCAUCUGGAGACAGGAACAGACUUCCAGGGGAACGUGACCCGAUUCCGCAUGUGGAACCAAGAGCUUCCGGUCAGCCAGCUGGAGCAAUGUGUGGACGGGAAUGUGGUGAGAUGGAUGGCUAAGGACUGGCACACUCACGGCUGUGCCCCUGUUGAUGACACCGAACACCAAUGUGUGUGGUCGCUGUAUGAAGUCCAAAUGAAUGUUAUGAUUUAUCGAUGGGACACCCAAGAGACGAAUGAGUACAAAGCAAGAGAUCUGGUCCACAACUGGGUAGAAAAUGUUCUACCACCCAAUAUGUAUAUUCAUACAGUGUUGGUCUCCAAAUUAGAAAGAGAUAAUACAACAGGAGAGAGUACUGUGCUGAUGGAUGAUUCUCUUCAACAGGACAGUGAAUCAGUCAUGGUUAUACCAAUAGAAAACCAGUUUGCAUGCUUGGUGUACCUGAAUGUGAUUCCUGGUGCUGAUGUCAGCUUGGUCCAGCAUGAGGUGAAGUUGCUGUUGCAGAAUGAGCAUUCUGCCGAUAACAUCGUGCUGUUUCCAGUCCACAGCACCAUCUACAUCAGCCCUGUGGAGUCACUCCCAGUGGUCACCUUAGAACCUCCACAUGUAACCACAAUGUCUUCUCCCUCGACCAGUCCAGCUUUAGUGGUGUUGACCACAGCCUCUACAACUGGAACGUUUCUUCCCUCGUCUAUAGUCACAGGCUCUAAACCAGGCUCAGUGACAUCUUCCAAACCAGUCUCAACUUUCGCCUCAGAUCAAACCAUGAAUUCUUCAGCUUUCACCAUCCCAUCUAUCAGCGUCUCCACUGAAGGCACUGUCUCAGAGAGUUUUUUCAAGGUUGAUCUGACUGUCACACUCGCUGGAUCAUCCAUGAAUGCAGAGCAGAAGAUACAAGCUUGGAUCAAUGAGACUUUAACGAAGGAGAAGAUGUCUUUAUUGAACUUCGAGUUCUUAUGGAAGGCUAGUAGUUUGACUCCUAUUGGGAACGGACUAAAUCAUUCAGAACAAUCACCCCUCACCUCUCGUACAAGUCACAACUGCCGGUUCCAUGUACAAGCCACAACAUCCUCCACCAUAAACGAGACCAUAGACCAGAUCCGCAACUCUCUGGAGGUUCCCUACGACACUGGUUCUGUGAUCCUUGAUGCAGAGCCUGACCAGAUCAUAGUCUGUCAUAUAACCCCAGGUCGGUGCCCGCAGCAGCAACACCAGACCAGACAGGGCCUGUUUAACUGGCCCAAGACCAGCGCCCAGCACGUGGCGUCGUACCCCUGCGAGGGAAACACCAACAGCACUGCAGAGAGGAAGUGCUUGUUGGCCUCAAAUAACAAAGCCAGAUGGGCUCAACCCGAUCUACAGCAGUGCCCAUAUGUAGUGGCAACCAUCCCAGACCUUGAGGGUAUAAUGGUUACAGCAGAAAAUGCAAAUGACGUGUUGGACAUGAUAGAAUGCUUGCUGAGUAACCACACAGAUCUGAAUGACCACGAGCUUUCCACCAUCCUGAACAAGCUGAGUGCAGUGGUGAACAUCACCAAAGUGACUCCAGCCCUGGGCAAAGUCAUUGUGGAGAUCCUCUCAGAUAUCCUAGAGUCUAACAGCAACUUCCAUCCUGUCACAAACAACAUCCUGGACAUCACUGAGAGCAUUGGAGACAGACUGUCAGGCUUCUCUGGAGAGAACUUCAGUCUGGUGGCCCCUGGACUGGCCAUAUCUGUGGUGAAUGUGUGUCCAGACCAGUUCCAUAACCUCACCUUUGGGGUGUCCUCACCUAUGCAGGGCAAGAGCCCAGAGGUUUACAUCAAUCAGCAUCCCUUUGACUCCACUGUGGCCUUCAUCUCGCUGCCCCCAUCCCUGCGGGCCAGCUUCCCCUCUGGCCCGGGCGUCCAGCCCCGCAUCCUGUUCCAGUUCUUCGGAACCCCGGCGCUGUUUAAGGAUGGACGCAAAUACAAAGCGCUGAACACUUUUGUAGUCUCUGCCAGUGUCACCAAUGCUACAGGACCAAUCCAGGGUCUUAAGGAGCCUGUGGCAGUAACACUGCACCACCUACAGGACAAACCAUCGGAGUUAGAUGUGUUGUGUGUAUUUUGGAAUUUCAGCAAGAAAAACAGCAAUGGGGGACUCGGAGGCUGGGAUCCCACAGGAUGCUAUCUACACAACACCAGCUAUGAUCACACUACAUGCCUUUGUGAUCAUCUCACUCAUUUUGGUGUCCUACUGGACUUGUCCAGGACUCCUGUGGAUGAGACCAAUGGAAAGAUCCUGACCAUCAUCUCAUAUAUUGGUUGUGGAGUUUCAUCGAUCUUCCUGGGGGUGACUGUGUUAACCUACACUGCUUUUGAGAAGCUCCGCAGGGACUACCCUUCCAAGAUCCUGCUGAACCUGGCUCUGGCUCUGGAGGGACUCAACCUCAUCUACCUGCUCAACUCCUGGCUGUCCUCGCUGGGCAGCUCCGUCCUGUGCGUGGCCGUGGCCAUCACCAUGCACUACUUCCUCCUGGCCUCCUUCACCUGGAUGGGCCUGGAGGCCGUGAACAUGUACUUCGCUCUGGUCAAGGUCUUCAACGUCUACGUGCCCUCAUACAUCCUCAAGUUCUGCGCUCUGGGAUGGGGAAUUCCUCUCAUUAUUUGUGGCCUGGUUCUUAUUUUGAGACGGGAUGGUUAUGGCAGUGCUCCGUAUGGUGCCUCCCUUGAGCCAUCUGAUGAUGUGUUUUGUUGGGUGCAGGACGACGUGACGUUCUACGUGUCCGUGGUGGGCUACAUCCUCCUUGUGCUGCUGUUCAACAUGGCCGUGUUCCUGGUGGUCCUAGUGCAGUUGCGCAACAUGCGCUUCAACCGCCCGGCGGGUAUGCGCAGCGGCCUCUUCAAGGACCUGCGCGGCGUGGCUAGCCUCACCUUCCUCCUGGGACUCACCUGGGCGGUGGCGCUCUUCACAUGGGGGCCUGUCAGAGUGCCUCUGCUCUACAUGUUCUCCAUCCUCAACUCCUUGCAAGGUUUCUUUUUGUUUUUGUUCUACUGUCUAAUGAAGGAGAAUGUGCGUAAGCAGUGGAGAGUCCAUCUCUGCUUCGGCCGGUUCCGGCUUCAAGAUUACUCAGAAUGGAGCCAAACUGCGACAGUGCCUGCAAAGACCAAACUCGGUCAGGCAGUGAAGUUCCCCUCUGUGAAGUCUGUCCGAUCCAACAAGUCGAGCACCACUGAGAGCACUUCUGCUUCCUCGGACUCGAGUCAGCGAGAGGUCUCCAUCAGAAGGCCCAACCUCGGCCUCCUCUGUUUGAAUGGCCUAACCCUGCCCAGGGCCCAGCCAACCCACUGUGCCCCAGUCCACCGAGACAUACCCCUCCCCCAGGAACAUGGAUACGCAGUGUCCCCCUGGCUGACAAAGACGGGCUCCCACCUUGAAAGUGAUAUCAACUAAAUUCAUUACAAAUGGAGAGAUCUUUAUCUAUGUUGUAUAAAGGCAUGAAUUGGAGUGUGUCAAUCAUAGGUGUUCAUCAAGAAAUGGAAUAUAAACAGAACAUGUAACUGUUGUCUUUGAUUUGAGGUGUGUUUUAAGAUUAACUAAUUGUGAGAUUUCUAAUUGAAACAGAAUACAUGGCAUCUUAUUUUACAUUUGAAACAAAAGUGGAUAUGAUUUAGUGUCUCUUCAGAUCCAUGUGCUAUUGUCCUUUGUUAUGUCUGUCCCCCAGUGUUGGGUUAUCCCCAUGUGACUCAACAGUAUUUCUGCAAACAAUGAUGAAUCACACAUUAAAAAGCCACAACGAUG